GGUAUUACUUUAAUCUUAACAUUUUCAUGAUGGGUAAAUAAUCAUGGUAGUGGAUGAGUAUGACUGGUAGCUCUAUCUUCCUCGUCAUAUUGCAAAAUGAUUCAACUCAAGUAGCAAAAACGAUGCGUUUUGGUUGAGAAAUGAGGUCUUGCAUUGGUCAAAAAGAGUGAAUGAAGGAAGAGAACGUUUGAAGCGCUGAGCGCUGAUCCAUUUUCUGUAACCUGAGGCAGCUCUCUCGCUCUGUGGGUGUGAGCUCAACAAGUGAACAGUGUUGAAGAGAGAGACUGGACUCCAUUGGUUGACCUGAGAUAAGGAUGAAGAGGGUCAAGAACCAUCCCACCCAUGUAAACCCCAAAUGGAUAAUGCUCAUAUCCACCUGCUCCAUUCUCUCGCUCAUCGUCCUCUUCUUCACCACCCUCGUUUCACCUGAUUCGAUACCUUUCCUCACUCUCCAUCGCUCCGGCUCUGCUUCCCUCUUUGUGGAGUAUAAGCUCCGACCCAUUUCGCCCACACCAGUCUCUCUCCCUCCGCGCCUUGCCUACCUGAUCUCCGGCACCGUCGGCGACUGUGGAGCUCUCAAGCGGACACUCCAAGCUCUCUACCAUCCCCACAACCUCUACAUCAUUCACUUGGACCUCGAAUCCCCACAAAUUGAACGCUCUCAUCUUCGCGAUUAUAUUCGUAACCACCCGGCUUUUUCGUCCGUCAAAAACGUGUGGAUGAUGGAGAAGGCCAAUCUGGUGACUUACCGUGGUCCGACCAUGGUGGCGAAUACGCUUCAUGCCGCGGCCAUUCUGUUAAAGGAAGGAGGCGAGUGGGAUUGGUUUAUUAAUCUCAGCGCUUCUGAUUACCCACUCGUAACUCAAGAUGAUUUGCUGCACACCUUUUCGUAUUUGCCGCGGGAUCUCAACUUCGUCGAUCAUACGAGUAACAUUGGGUGGAAGGAAUUUCAAAGGGCAAAGCCUAUAAUUGUUGAUCCUGGGUUGUAUAUGACAAAGAAGAAUAAUGUUUUCUGGGUGAAACAGAGGCGAAGUGUCCCCACGGCCUUCAAGCUCUUUACAGGUUCUGCUUGGGUGGCACUUUCUCGGCCUUUCAUAGACUACUGCAUAUGGGGCUGGGACAACCUUCCCCGAACUGUCCUAAUGUAUUACACAAACUUUGUCUCUUCCCCAGAAGGCUACUUCCAUACUGUCAUCUGUAAUGCCGAAGAGUUUCGGAAUACCACCGUCAAUAGCGACCUGCAUUUCAUUUCAUGGGAUAACCCCCCAAAGCAGCAUCCCCACCUGCUCACCAUCACUGACAUGUCCAAGAUGAUUAGUAGCAAUGCUCCAUUUGCCAGAAAGUUCCGAAGAGAUGAUCCAGUUCUUGAUAAGAUAGAUGCUGAGCUUCUGUCCCGGAGACCAGACAUGCUUGUGCCGGGUGCCUGGUGCAUUGGAAGCAGCUCAAAUGGAACUGACCCUUGCUCGGUUGUGGGCAAUCCUUCAGUCCUCAAGCCGGGCCCUGGAGCAAAAAGGUUGGAAAAUCUUUUAGUCUCUCUCCUCUCCAAACAGAAUUUCCGGCCAAGGCAGUGCAAGUAAAAUUAGCAUUCUCAGGGGAAAAACAUGCCCAACUACUGGUCUCAGCUCUGAUUGGAAUGCAGACUAUCAUGAUCAAAUACCAUAUACUGAACACCUUCCAGCAUAGAGGAAUAUAGUAAAAGUUGAAGGUGAUGUAUUUGUCUAUCUACAGAUCUUUCAUGCUGUACUCACCAUAUAAUGCAUUGAAAGGUUCAUAUGGAGACAGGCACUGAUACGAGAAAGCAGCUUCUGGGGAGAGGAAAAACAAUGAAGAAAGGUCACUUGGAAACAGCUUGACAUACAGUGUACAAGGGACUUGUUGUGACCAUUCUCUUGGUUUAGCCAUGUAUAUGACUUAUAAUUAGAGAAACAAGAACUGUCAAUGCAUCCAUCCUCUUGGAGUUACGUGCUA